ACAAGCUUGUCGUGUGUGGGCAACUUGAAAGUUCGAUAAAAAGCUGCAGCUGUCAAAGCAGUGCUCUGUUUAUGUAUUAAUUGUUAUUAAAAAAUGGCUCAACGAUCGAGAGGCAACGACACAGAGACAACCACAACAAAAACUAGAGAAGAAAUUGAUGGUGUUCAAGAAACAGAUACUUCCGAAAAUACACCUACACUACAGUUGCGCCUUGAGCAGACACGAGAUGAACGCCGGGUCGUCUUCCACGAAGGUGUUGUGGACAAUGAGCAUAUGAAUCGAAUGAAAUCCAAAUGCUGUUGCAUAUAUAAGAAACCCUUGGCUUUUGGUGAGAGCUCCUCGGAAGAUGAUGACGAAUGCGAGCAUUGUUUUGGCCAUCCCGAAAGACGUAAAAAAAACAAGAAAUCUUCAAACUCUGCCUUGUCUCGAGAUGCCGAAGAACCUUCCACGUCCACGGAGGCGCAGACAGAACCAAGCCAGGCACCACCAGCAGCAUCCGACAUGGAAUUACCAGUUUCUGCACCAGAUUUUGAAGCGACCGUGAAACCAUCUCUAUAAAAACAAUUCAACUACUUUAUGCUCUUUAGACGAAAAUAUUCUACACAUUUAUUCGGACAUUAACACGAAACAAUCUUCAUCACUAUUAAAAGCUAACAUUAAAAUGAGCAGGUUUUUGUUUUUCUAAUGAA